UCCUCCUUUUACACACCGGUUCGCAACCACCCACCCAGUCAGUCACCUCAAGUGCGACCGGCCGGCUUGGAGGAGGCAAACAAACAGAUCCAGAAACAGCCAGGAGUGAUCCUGCCGCGUGUGUUUGGCUCACCAAGAGAGACACCGGAACACUAGAGGAGGAUGGGACGCCGGUGCUUGGAUCAGAACUGAGUCUGGUCGGCACACUGAGAGCUCCUCCGACCCGUUUCCAAGUCCUUUUCUAACCGGCUCAGAGUCACGUUUUCUGCCGCUGACACAAUGGGCUGCUGCAGCGGACGAUGCACGCUCAUCUUUCUUUGCACUUUACAGUUGGUGCUGGCUUUAGAGAGACAAGUCUUUGACUUCCUGGGUUACCAGUGGGCCCCAAUCCUUGCCAACUUCUUCCACAUCAUAAUUGUCAUCCUCGGCCUCUUUGGCACCAUCCAGUACAGGCCGCGCUACAUCGUGGUGUAUACAGUAUGGGCCGCUCUGUGGGUAGCCUGGAACGUCUUCAUCAUCUGUUUCUACCUGGAUGUAGGAGGCCUGUCCAAGGAUAGUGACCUGCUGACAUUUAACAUCUCAGCCCAUCACUCUUGGUGGAGUGAACACGGACCUGGCUGCGUGAGGAGAGAGAUGCCGCAGGCUCCAGGAGUCCGCACCACCGAGAGCCACUCCUACAUCACUGUCAUGGGCUGCCUCAUGGACUACCAGUACAUCGAGGUCAUGCAUAGUGGCACACAGAUUCUUGUUGCUCUCCUGGGCUUCGUGUACGCCUGUUAUGUUGUCAGCGCUAUCACCGAAGAGGAGGACAGCUUUGAUUUUAUUGGUGGAUUUGACCCAUUCCCACUCUACCAUGUCAAUGAGAAACCAUCUCAUCUCCUCUUAAAGCCCAUGUACCUGUCUACGUAAAUAAGAGAGCGUCCAGCGAGGAGGUGACACAGCAAGUUCCCACGGAGACAAAAUGGCUGUUUUGACACAAACAUCUUAGUGCAUAGGGGCACGCCACACAUUCCUCCUCCUUCUUGAUUUCAGUAAUUUAACCAUGUCAUUUACUGGUGUGCUGCCCAGAAAAGCCCACACUUCUCAGUUAGGGUCCAUUGUUUUCCAGGGAGGGAUGACGGGUUCGGGGAAAGAGGGAUAUUACAGCGUGACAAAGUCUCAUAUAGUGUGUUUAGGGAAGUAACAAUCAUUUUCUUUUUAUUAAGUUCUCUGCUGAGGACCUAGAGCUGUGACCUGCCCAUAAUGGUUUAAUACUCCCCGAGAACAUGACUGUAUACAUGUACAGCAUAUAAAUACAUUGUGUAUGUAAUCAGGGACUGCCCAGCAUUCCCAGUCUGUGGUACUGUGUCUUAGAGGACUCAGUGAUUUAGCAUGUUAUUGCUGGUUUGGCUCAGAUCUUGGCCGGAGGGCUGAAUUACAGUGGAGCCUGUGGAAUGAGCUAUUGUGCGCUGCCUGUUUACUUUAGGCCAGGAUCUGUGUGCAUAAAUACACAAGCGAAAGCAGGAAGAGGCAGGGGAGUGAAGAAGUAGAGGGAGGGGAGGGAACAAAAGCACCAAACCUACAGGGGCAUCUAUCAAAAAUAGAAAAUGUAAAUAAUGAAACAAGGGCAGGGGAGGGAUUUUGGAUUCAGGAGUCUGAAAUGUGAACUAUCAAGAAUGCAAAAGAGUGCAAGGAACGGCAUGAGAGUCUUAGUUUUGUUUCUGGAGUCUUAUUAUUGUGCCUGUUUUCACCAACAGCCAAGUCAGUAUUUUGAAGUGUCAGGUGUUUUUUAGAAGAUGUGCUGAAGGCUUUGUUCUCACUCCUCUUCUAACUACUGACACAUCGGGGCUGCUGACAGGGGUGAUCAUUACACACACUCAAACAGAGGUUAUACAGCAUAUUUUUGACUUCAAGAAAACAAUGGAAAUUGUUUUACUAUUCAUAUUGCACAAAACAGUGUUGAGUUAUGGUCUUCAGUGUAGAAGUAGCUUGGCUCUACCUAAGUGAAUCAGAGCAUUGUCUCCUGUCUGUUCACCGGUUUAGAUUCUCAGUGGUGAUAGUCUCAGUUGUGAUUGUUUUAUAGCAUGUUUUUUACAGGGUUUGUAUUGUAAUUAUGUGUAUAACAUAUUAAGUCAUGACAAAAUAACAAAACUGAUGUCUUAAACAGUAACUGAAAGCUUCUGCUGAGAUGUUUCUCACUCUGAUUUAUUUUAUUUUGACCCAGCAACAUAAUGCGUCUUUAAUUUUAGGUAAAAAGUGCACACACACAUGAGUUAUAUCUCCUAUUGUGACUGCUAGCACUUUUGUUAAUGUUUCAGAACUAAAGUCAGUUUUGAGUUGCCUUACUGUUUGUGUGUAUCACUACUGCUCUCUGGUGUUCAAA